GCGCGCUCCGCCGGGGGUCUGGCGUUUAUAGCUUGGCGCUGGCCGGGCCCGGUGGCGGCUGCGGUGCGCGGGGUCGCGAUGUCGGGGCUGCAGGCGGGUGCAGAGCAGCGGCGCGAGGAGCCGAGCGCGCCGGCCUCGUCGCCCUCUCGCUUCGUGCUAGGGCUGGACGUGGGCAGCACGGUGAUCCGCUGCCACGUCUAUGACCGGACGACUCGGGUGCGAGGCUCCAGCGCGCAGAAGGUGGAAAAUGUUUACCCUCAGCCUGGCUGGGUUGAAAUUGAUCCUGAUGCUCUCUGGACUCAGUUCGUUGCUGUAAUAAAAGAUGCUGUCAAAGCUGCAGGAGUACAGAUGAAUCAAAUUGUCGGUCUUGGCAUAUCAACGCAGAGAGCCACUUUUAUUACGUGGAACAAGAAAACAGGACAUCAUUUUCACAACUUCAUUAGUUGGCAAGACCUAAGGGCGGCUGACCUUGUAAAAUCCUGGAAUAAUUCUCUUGUAAUGAAGCUGUUGCAUAGUGCCUGCCGAGUUCUUCACUUUUUCAGUAGAAGUAAACUAAUGUCAACAGCCAGUCGCUUCAAUUUCACCACCCAGCAUGCCACCUUAAGGCUGAUCUGGAUUUUACAAAACCUAUCUGAGGUGCGGAAGGCCGUAGAAGAAGACAACUGCUGCUUCGGGACCAUUGACACGUGGCUGUUACACAAGCUCACGAAAGGUUCUGCGUUUGCCACGGAUUAUUCAAAUGCCAGUACAACUGGAUUUUUUGAUCCAUUUGGGAUGUGUUGGAGCAAGCUGGUGGCCACCAUAGUUUCCUUACCGCUCUCUAUCCUGCCUCCCGUGAAGGACACAAGCCAUAAUUUUGGAUCAGUGGAUGAAGAGAUAUUUGGUGUACCUAUACCAGUGGUUGCCUUGGUUGGUGACCAGCAGGCGGCCAUGUUUGGAGAGUGCUGCUUCCAGACAGGAGACGUGAAGUUAACCAUGGGCACCGGGACAUUUUUGGAUAUUAAUACAGGAAACAGCCCUCAGCAUGCUAAUGGAGGCUUUUAUCCAUUAAUUGGAUGGAAGAUUGGACAAGAAGUUGUAUGUUUAGCUGAAGGCAAUGCAGGAGACACGGGUACCGCUAUAAUAUGGGCUCAAAAAUUAGAUCUUUUCACAGAUGCCGCUGAGACUGAACAAAUGGCCCUGAGCCUGGAAGACUCGGAAGGGGUUUAUUUUGUGCCCUCAUUUAAUGGAUUACAGGCCCCAUUGAAUGAUCCCUGCGCAUGUGCCUCUUUUAUGGGUUUGAAGCAUUCCACCAGUAAAUACCAUCUUGUCCGAGCAAUACUGGAGUCAAUAGCUUUCAGGAACAAACAGUUAUAUGAUAUGCUGCAGAGGGAAAUCCAGAUCCCGGUCACGAAUAUCCGGGCGGAUGGAGGCGUCUGUAACAACGCAUUCGUCAUGCAGAUGACUUCAGACUUGUUUAACGCGAGGAUAGACAGACCCGCCCACUUCGACAUGUCCUGCUUGGGCGCGGCCACCCUGGCUGGCCUGGCUGUUGGAUUUUGGGCUGACAAAGAAGAGCUACAGAAGCUAAGGCAAAGUGAAAUGGUGUUCAAGCCCCAGAAGAAGUGGCAGGAAUAUGAAAUGAACAUGGAAAACUGGGUGAAAGCUGUGAAGCGCUCCAUGAAUUGGUAUAACAAGGCGUAGCACUGAGGAGCCAACAGAUCCCCACCAGCAGCCUGGCAAGACAUGGACGGGAGAAGCUCAGGGAAUCCCGACAUGAUGGUGGCCGAGAGGAGAUGAUUUCAAGCGAGCCUCACGAGCGGGGAAAAAAGUGUUGGUCUUUUUAAAAACUCACUAAGGAAAUUGUCUUGCUUUUUAAAUCCAAGUCUUAGUGAAAUUUUAAAUCAGCAAUACCUCAAAAUUGUGUCUUCUCUCUUCUAGCAACUUCCAAAGGACUUUUUCCACCUCCAGCUGCACUUUGAUAUUUGAGUCCUCCUUUUUGUACACAGGGUCAAUGGUGCACAGGUCAUAGUCAUUCGCCCUCAGACAACUAAUCGUUCUGGGUCAAGCACCAUCGCAUUUUAAAAAAAUAUUAUGAAAAAUUUUUCUUAAAUUUAAAAUCAAGUGGGCUAUUUGAAAUCCAUACAGCUAAAAAGGAGGAAUAAUUGAGACAGCAGAAUGUUUUUUGUGUCAUAAUUUUUAAGUGUCAUAUCCAACUCUGAGCUCUUUUUGUGCCUCUCUGAGGUGAGCCCGCGAGUCAGCACUUUACUUCUUGUGCGGGAAGAUACUCCCUUAAUUUUCCCUUGCACGACUUUUGCUGUUGUUACUGAGGUAUGGUAUCACUGUGUAGGCCAGGCUAGCUUGGGACUUAGAUCCUCCUGCCUCAGCCUCGCAAUUUCUGGGAUUAUAAGCAUACCCUAUCAUCCUGGGCUGAGCACUCAUCACACGUGAGGACCGGAUGUUAGUUAGUGGCCUGAAAAGGAUGUUGAGGCUGGGCAUGGUGGGAGAUGGUUGUGAUUCCAGGACUUCAGAGGCUGAAGGCGGUGGAGCGGGAACUUGAAGCCUAUCAUGCCAGUGCCGGGAGUGGAGGCAUCUGGGUGACUAGUGAGGCCCUGAUUUGAUAAACAAAAGCAGACCUUUUGUUUUAUUUUGUUUGUUUGAGGAAAGACCUGCUGUCCACCUCAUGCUGGUUUCUAAGUCUUGAGCCUCCUGUCUCUAGGGUUCUGUGUAACAUUCUAUUUUUAUAAAAUGCAAGUAGUUAAUGUAAAUCUUUCUAGUUCUUUAUAUUUCUCUAUUUGUUGAAAUGCCUGCGUAAAUGUCCCUUUUUUAAAAAGUGCCUACUUGACAGAGUUUAAAUUAUUAUUAUUAGUUUUUGUUUUGCUUUGUUUUGCAACUGAGUCUUAUUAUGUAGCUCAGGCUGGCCUAAAACUCCAGUUCCUCUUGACGCAGUCCGAGUAGGUGUUAGCGUAGGUGUUAGGACUGUAGGAAUGUGCCAUGCCUGGCGUCAGAGUUUACUUUAAGUGCCCUAGUUCAUUGGUAACUUAAAAAUUGCUUUCUUGGGUUAUUUUGUUGGUGUGUGUUUUGGUGUUUGUCCUGCUCACCUCUGAGAGAUAGUGAAGGCUGGCCUGUACGUUGAUGGACAUCGUGUGUGAUCGAUGAUAUUGCCGUAAGGCUAAGGUACCACUGAGCCGGUCUCACCUGAUGAAGCUUUGGUGCUGGAAAGUGGGAGACGCCUCAGGCUGGGUAUAAAAUUGUCCUGAGCAGUUGAGGGUGCUCCAGCCUCUUCUACAUCACUGCCUCUCUCUCCGUUGGGGAUCUGGAUUUUCAAGAGUGAAUGAACUUGUUCCCACCUUGGUCAAUAUCACGUAAAUGUGCUACCGUGAUAGUCGUAUCUCAUAGAUAAUUGUGUCACUGGAGGAGCCGCUGGUAGAGGGAAUGCUGUAGCUGCUAUGUCCAUUUGGGAGUCAGUUACACUGAAUGAAUACUUAGUUACAUUGAAUAGUUAGUUACAUUGCGCUUUGUGGAAAUUGUUUCCCUGGGCUCCCAGUGUCUUCAAUUGUUAAAAAAGUUUUUUAACAGAAACAUUGUAGCAAACACGUAGCAUCCUUAACUCCAUUAACUCAUUAUGAGGUUAACAUAAUUAACUCUCUUAUGAGAGAGCCUGCAGGAUGGCUCAGCAGGUAAAGGCACUUGUUAUCCAGGCUUGCCGACCUGAGUUCCAUCCCAUGAAGAAACCCACGUAAAGGUAGAAGGAGAACACUUACUCCAGUCUUCUUCCGCCCUCCACGUGGGCAUGGUGCUGUGCAUGCAUUCUCUGUGACAGUAGCAAAAAUUGUAAAAAAGAUUCGGAAACGUUUUCUUGUUAGAGGUAUUUUUGUUUACUAUAACAUAUCAGAUCGUAUGUAGAUGUCUUAUUCUUUCCUACAACAUUUUUACAUAGCUUCGUGACCAAUUACAGGAUUUCCCAUCAAUCAUGUGAAAGCAGAUUUAUCUCAGUGUUGUUAUAGAUUCUGCCGAAAGGUAUGAUUUCAUAGGAAGCCGUUCUGUCCUUUGUGUUAGGAUAGACUAAACUGUGCUGUUAAUUACUAAAGGUUUGUUUUCCAUGUCUUCCACAUGCUCUUCUUAACAUACAAGUACAGCAUGAAGGAAAAAUACCCUUUAGAUAACGUGAAAAACAGCUAAUAUCUCAUCCAAAUAGAGCUGCUCUUGAAAGAUCAGUCACUUUUGCUUUUUCUUUUGUGGAUCUAGAAGUUAAUCUUUUGCUCUUCGGCUUUCUGGCUAUAUUUUAUUGAUAGAGCUUAGUGAUUCUUGUAAGAUUUAAGUAAAUAAAGUCUGUCGGGCAGUGGUGGCUCAUGCCUUUAAUCCCAGCACUUGGGAGGCAGAGACAGGAGGAUUUCUGUGAGUUCAAGGCUAGCCUGGUCUACAAGAGCUAGUUCCAGGACAGGCUCCAAAGCUACAGAGAAACCCUGUUUCGGAAAAAAAAAAAAAAAAAAAAAAAACAAGAUUUAGUAAAAUUGCAAAAUCAAAAUACUAUGUUGUUUGUGCCUGUAGAGACAGUUGUUAAUCAAACACAAUUGAAGAACAUAUUUUCUUCAUCUGCCUUUUGAAAAUAAUUUUAAUAUGCUAAUACUUCUUAGCAUAUUUUCUUUUCACCUUGUAGACCUACCAGGCAUUUGUCUCUAGCAAAAUCAAUAAGGACAGUGUUCCUGUGCAGUCUAUCUUAAAGUGUUACUAACUGCUCUGUACUCUGACUUACUGAUCUUAAAUCUCUUAUAUCCAUCUGUGACAUGGUUUCUCAAUGUCAGCAUUGAUCUCUGUUUUGUUUUCAUGACUGGGUCUUACCACAUAGCCCUGGCUAUCCUGGAACUCACCAUGUAGAUCAGGCUGUCCCCCAGACUCAGAACUCUGCCUGCCUCUGCCUCCUGAGUUCUGGGUUAAAGGUGUGCACCACCACAUCUUGCAACACUGACAUUUUGAACUGCAUCUGUGUUUGCUCUGGGAUUCUGUAGUAGACACAUAUGCUUGGCAGUAUCCCUGCCCAAAAUAUUUGCCCAAAUUGGCCACCCUGGGAGGCAAAAAUAUUGCCAUUUAAGAACCACUGACUAUUAGGAGAAAAAUGAAGAUUUGGUGACUAUAGUUGCAUUGCCAAUGUUCUUUGCCUUGUUUUCCCUUAGGAAAUGAAUUUUUAACAGCAAUGGAAAAGUAGGGAGUAUCCUAAAAUGCAGUUUCUAUUUUGCUGGGCAAUGAAGAAAAAGUUGUGUUGAUUGUCUGUGUUCCUCAGCCCCUCACCUCUGUGGUUGGAUCAAGCCUGGGCCCUGAGCCUGAUGGUCAACUCUUCCCCUACUGAGCUCCACCCAGCUAGUACUUAUGCACCUCAGUCCUGCUCCUGUGUGGUCACAAUUAGUGGACAUGUGACCUCAAGGUAUGACUGAUGCAUUCUGUAGAUCAUCUGUGACUUGAUCUGGCCUCAUCCCAAUUUUCCCAAGACAGAAUCGAUCUUACUCUGUGGCCCAGAAUAGCCUGAACUCAUGGGUGCUGGGAUUACAGGCAUGAGUCACCACAUCUGGCUUUGCUUCACUUUCUUCUCUGAAUAAGGAAAAGAUUGUCCCAAACCUUCCCUAGAUUUGAUGCUUCCAGAAGCGGAAGCCAUGUUCUCCAUUCUGCCCCAGCCCCCUCCAACUUAACAUUGUGCCUUCAUUGUUUAUGGGUGAAUUUUUACUUCACAUUUAUAUUUGAUGUUACAUUUAUUGAUAAUAUCUUAUACUUGUUGAAAAGGAAGAUAUUUACAACUAGAGUCAUGAUGUUUAUUGUAAAAAAAUCACGUCUAUGUAUUUUCAAAUAUAUUUUUCUAGAGAUAUACAUCCAUAGAUACAUAUGGGUAUAACAGCUUUUUGGUUGCUGGUCUGGGAAUGGACUGUGGAACCUGGUGCAUGCUGAACAUGCCCAGCUACUUUUAACUUUUUAAGGUCUAGUUGAAACUUUCAUUCACAGGUUUUAUAUAUUUGACUUCAGAUAAGUAACAUUGUAUUUUAAGAGCACCCAACACUCUGUUACUAGAGGAAGGAACCACAGAAGUAGCCCUUAAGCAAAACAUCUAAUUAACAUCUAAUUGGGGACUGUUUUUUUUUUUUUUUUAAUUUGGUUAUUUUUUGAAAUAGGAUCUCCCUUUAUAGCUCUGACUGCUCUGGAACUCACUCUAAACCAAGCUGACCUCAGACUCAUAAGAGAUCUGCCUGCCUCUGCCUCUGCUUCCCACAUGCUGUGAUUAAAGGUUCCCCAGACCCACUGUUCCUGGCUCUGGGAACUGGUUUUUAAUGUAAAAUAGAACAACCCAAGAGGCUGACAAGACUUUUACAGUUCUUUGUUUUUUUCAAGACAGGGUUUCUCUGUCUAGCUCUACUCAUCCUGGAACAAUGUAGACCAUACUGGUAUUGAACUCACAGAGAUACACCUGCCUCUGCCUCCAGAGUGUGGGGAAUAAUGGCUUGUAACACUACCCACGCAGUGACUUUUACAAUUCUUUGAGGAGAUGUAAUUGCUGUGCCUCAGUCCUUCAACUUUGAGUCUAGAGUCACCAAGAAGUAGUCUAAAGAAGACUUGAAUCCACUUGAACAAAAUUUUUUUUGUUUUGUUUUGUUUUUGUUUGUUUGUUUUUUUGAGACAGAGUUUCUCUGUUACUAUAACAACCCUGGCUGUCCUGGAACUCCCCCUGUAGACCAGGCGGGCCUCAAACUCACAGAGAUCCGCCUGCCUCUGCGUCACCAUUGCCUGGCCACUUGAAUAAUUCUUAAUUCCUUUAGGAAGUUUAGAUUGUGCUUUUUAAGUAAAAGUAGGAAGUCUCAGACACACUGUGACCCUGUAUGAUUCUCCUGGUAGGGAACUAAAAGCCUGAAGGAGCCUCCAGAAUCGAAUAAUUCCGAACUUCUGUUAUUCAUUUCUCAAAGCCUUCCUGCCCUCCUCAUUCUUUUCUCCACAUCUAGAUAGCCAUUGAGAUUGAAUAAGAAAAAAUGACAUAGGAACUCCAGCUUAAAUGGUUCUUAGGUUGGAGGUAGUUUAGUGUGGUAGAGCCCUUGUGCGCAGGGCCCUGGGUUUGAUCCUUACCUACGAUCAGUGUGUGAGUGAUUCGGUUUCUCCAUAUUUUCUCACCAGCAUUUGGUGAUGUUGAAUAUGAUUUCAUGUGCCUUUUGCCAUCUGCUCGGCAUCAUCUUUUAAAUCUUUGUUCAUAUCUUUGUCCGAUUGCCAAUUGGAUUGUUUGUUAAAUGAGCCAUAAUUUUUUUACAAUGAAAUCAGACUUCAGAAGUCAUUGAGUAAGAUUUUUCAAGUCAUUUAAGGCAAAAUGUUAUAGCAUCUUGAACAUUGCCUUAUGAUGUGCCUAGCAAAAGGGCUGUUACCUCUGUGCCUGUAGUACGGGGCUCACACUGUGAAAGAAACCAAGGUUUCAAAGGCAACUUAAGAUGUCCCAUAGUGUGUCUGGACACUAUAUAUAUC